GAGUCCUCCCCUCUCCAUGUGCAUCCCUAAUGGGCGGCUGGACUCGUAGUGCGGUGCUGGAGCUGUACCGAGCACUGCUCCGUGCAGGGCGCCACCUUCAGUACACAGACCGCAACUACUACCGGUGCGCAGUGGCCCGUGAGUUCCGCCGCUGCCAGGCCCUGACCGUGCCGAGCGACAAGGAGGACGCGCUGAAGAGGGGCCAGUUCUUCCUCAGCAGUAGACUGGGGGGAUUGAUGUAGGUGUCGGUCAACCAUCCAACACCACCUUUAGCAAGACGUGCUUGUGUCAGACCACUAACAGGUAAACUAUUAAGCUAUUUAAAUGACCACCUAUCCUAUCGCUCUUUAUAAGUUCAUAAUAAAUGUUUUGAUAAUAAAAGGUACACAGUCCUUGAGUUAUGGUAAUAGAACGUAAGACUCCUCACAUCUGAAUCAGUACUUUCUUUGUUCUUCUCUCAUUACUUUUCCCUUCUAACUCUACGUUCACCUAGACAGAAUGGCGGGAGUGAACGGUGAGCGUAAAGGAAAGAAGGAUGACAACGGGAUGGGCACAGCCGUUGACUUUUUGCUAUCUAAUGCCAAGCUUGUUCUUGGGGUCGGAGGAGCUGCCAUGCUUGGCAUUGCAACACUAGCAGUCAAAAGAGUAAGUGGGAUAUUCUCUAAGUUAGAUCAUAGCAAUUAUAUUCUUGAAAGAAUUCAAUCCCCUUGACUUUUUCCACAUUUUGUUACGCUACAGCCUUAUUCUAAAAUUGAUUAAAUAAAACAAUUUCCUCAUCAAUCUACACACAAUACCCCAUAAUGACAAAUGUUUUAAUACUUUUUUGCAAAUGUAUUAAAAAACUAAACCAGAAAUACCUUUACAUAAGUAUUCAGACCAUUUGCUAUGAGACUCGAAAUUGAGCUCAGGUGCAUCCUGUUUCCAUUGAUCAUCCUUGAGAUAUUUCUACAACUUGAUUGGAGUCCACCUGUGGUAAAUUCUAUUGAAAGCCUCUGUAGCUCAACUGGUAGAGCACGGCGCUUGUAACGCCAAGGUAGCGGGUUCGAUCCCCGGGACCACCCAUACACAAAAAUGUAUGCACGCAUCACUGUAAGUCGCUUUGGAUAAAAGCGUCUGCUAAAUGGCAUAUUAUUAUUAUUAUUAUUAUUAUUUUAUUAUUAUAAAUUCAAUUGAUUGGACAUGAUUUGGAAAGGCACACAGCUGUCUAUAUAAGGUCCCACAGUUGACAGUGCAUGUCAGAGCAAAAACCAAGCCAUGAGGUCGACGGAAUUGUCUGUAGAGCUCCGAGAGGAUUGUGCCGAGGCACAGAUCUGGGGAAGGGUACCAAAACAUUUCUACAGCAUUGAAGGUCCCCAAGAACACAGUGGCCUCCAUUAUUCUUGGAACCACCAAGACUCUUCCUACAGCUGGCCGCCUGGCCAAACUGAGCAAUCGGGGGAGAAGGGCCUUGGUCAGGGAGGUGACUAAGAACCUGAUGAUCACUGACAAGCUCCAGAGUUCCUCUGUGAAGAUGGGAUAAUCUUCCAGAAGAACAACCAUCUCUGCAGCACUCCACCAAUCAGGCCUUUAUGGUAGUGGCCAGACGGAAGCCACUCCUCAGUAAAAGGCACGACAGCCGCUUGGAGUUUGCAAAAAGGCACUUAAAGACUCUCAGACCAUGAGAAACAAGAUUCUCUGGUCUGAUGAAACUAAGAUUGAACUCUUGGCCUGAACGCAAAGCGUCACAUCUGGAGGAAACCUGGCACCAUCCCUACGGUGAAGCAUGGUGGUGGCAGCACAUGCUGUGGGGAUGUUUUUCAGCGGCAGGGACUGAGAGACUAGUCAGGAUCGGGGGAAAGAUGUACAUAGAGAUCCUUGAUGAAAACCUGCUCCAGAGUGCUCAGGACCUCAGACUGGGGCUAAUGUUCACCUUCCAACAGGACAACAACCCUAAGCACACAGCCAAGACAGCGCAGGAGUGGCUUCGGGACAAGUCUCUGAAUGUCCUUGAGUGGCCCAGCCAAAGCCUGGACUUGAACCUGAUUGAACAUCUCUGGAGAGACCCGAAAAUUGCUGUGCAGCGACGCUCCCCGUCCAACCUGACAGAGCUUAAGAGAAUCUGCAGAGAUGAAUGGGAGAAACUCCCCAAAUACAGGUGUGCCAAGCUUGUAGCAUCAUACCCAAGAAGACUCGAGACUGUAAUCGCUGCCAAAGGUGCUUGAACAAUGUACUGAGUAAAGGUUCUGAAUACUUACAGUACCAGUCUAAAGUUUGGACACAGCUACUCAUUCAAGGGUUUUCCUUAUUUUUAUUAUUUUCUACAUUGUAGAAUAAUAGUGAAGACAUCAAAACAAUGAAAUAACACAUAUGGAAUCAUGUAGUAACCAAAAAAGUGUUAAACUAAUCAAAAUAUAUUUGAAAUUCUUCAAAUAGCCACCCUUUGCCUUGAUGACAGAUCGGCACACUCUUGGCAUUCUCUCAACCAGCUUCAUGAGGUAGUCACCUGGAAUGCAUUUCAAUUAACAGGUGUGCCUUGUUAAAAGUUAAUUUGUGGAAUUUAUUUCCUUCUGAAUGCGUUUGAGCCAAUCAGUUGUGUUGUGACAAGGUAGGGGGGUAUACAGAAGAGAGCCCUAUUUGGUAAAAUUAUGUCAAGAACAGCUCAAAUAAGCAAAGAGAAACAACAGUCCAUCAUUACUUUAAGACAUGAAGGUCAACAUCAACUGUUCAGAGGGGACUUUGUGAAUCAGGCCUUCAUGGUCGAAUUGCUGCAAAGAAACCAAUACUAAAGGACACCAAUAAUAAGAAGAGAACUGCUUGGGCCAAGAAACACAAGCAAUGGACAUUAGACCGGUGGAAAUGUGUCCUUUGGUCUGGAGUCCAAAUUGGAGAUUUUUUGUUCCAACCGCCUUGUCUUUGUGAGACGUGGUGUGGGUGAACGGAUCUCUGCAUGUGUAGUUCCCACCGUAAAGCCUGGAGGAGGAGGUGUGAUGGUGUUGGGGUGCUUUGCUGGUGACACUUUCUGUGAAUUAUUUAGAAUUCAAGGCACACUUAAUCAGCAUGGCUACCACAGCAUUCUGCAGCGAUACGCCAUCCCAUCUGUUUUGGGCUUAGUUGGACUAUCAUUUGGUUUUCAACAGACAAUGACCCAACACACCCCCAGGCUGAGUAAGGGCUAUUUUACCCAGAAGGAGAGUGAUUGGGUGCUGCAUCAGAUGACCUGGCCUCCACAAUCCCCCGACCUCAACCCAAUUGAGAUGGUUUGGGAUGAGUCGGACGGCAGAGUGAAGGAAAAGCAGCCAACAAGUGCUCAGCAUAUGUGGGAACUCCUUCAAGACUGUUGGAAAAGCAUUCCAGGUGAAGCUGGUUGAGAGAAUGCCAAGAGUGUGCAAAGCUGUCAUCAAGGCAAAGGGUGGCUAUUUGAAGAAUCUCAAAUAUAAAAUAAUUUACUACAUGAUUCCAGAUGUGUUAUUUCAUAGUUUUGAUGUCUUCACUAUUAUUCUACAAUGUAAAAAAUAAAGAAAAACCCUUGAAUGAGUAGGUGUGUCCAAACUUUUGACUGGUAGUGUAUGUAAAUGUAACUUCAGUUUUUUUUAUACAUUGGCAAGAAAUUAUAAAACCCGUUUGGCUUUUUCAUUAUGGGAUAUUGUGUGUAGAUGAGUGGGGAAAAAAACAAUUUAAUUAAUUUUAGAAUAAGGCUGUAAUGUAACAAUGUGGAAAAAGUAAAGGGGUCUGAAUACUUUCCGAAUGCACUGUAUGUACAUUAUUUGUCCAUUGUGCCAGUUCAGUUGUAGGCUAAAUGUGAUCACCUCUCACUAUUUGGCUUCUGAUCUCUAUAUCAGUAAUUGUACUGUUUUUAACCACGAGUGGAAAACAUGACCAUUUCAUGAAACAUUCUAAUGGACAAUAAAGAUGUUCAAUUCAAUCUCCUUUCAGAUGUAUGACCGUGCCAUAAGUGCUCCGACCAGCCCUACUAAGAUGGAACCAUCAGGGAAAAGGAGCUGGGAGGAACCCAGCUGGAUGGGCUCGACACCACGGGUACUUAACCAUGACAUGAAGUCAACAGUGAGCAGGUCACUGCAGACUCUACCCACCUCCAACUCCUUUGAACCAGGUAAGGUACACUAAUGUAUUUAGGGUGUCACACACGAUAAUGUUAUUCCGCAUUACAACUAUUAAACAUUGCUCAUAUAAGAGUUAUGAUCGUGCCGUUAGCUCACCCCACAGUGUGAAACGUUGCCAAUAGCGCUGCUGAAUUGUUACUUUUUCGGUGGAGCGACUGGUUAGUACGUUGUCAAGCAGGGCGGUUACGUGUGUUGGCAAGGCAGAGGAUGCGAGAUCAAGUACCGGUAAGGACUGGUGAGCUAGGAAGCUAUACUGCUAAGCAGUACACUCACACUCGCACACAUUGCCUAUCUGUGUUCAGAGUGAGGCCUGAGCAGUAACACUUGGGAUUGAUGGAGCAGGUUAGUAGUGUGUUUCAGAUGGUUUGACCUCAUCUCUGUGCAGUGUUUUCUAAUCCUUGGCUGUGUCUAUUGAUGACAGGAUGGCUGAUGGCAGGAUGGCUGUACUUCCUGUAUUGUGGGUGAUACCACUGACUCUUAGUGCUUGUUGUAUGAAGCUAUAGGGUCGUUCCAUUUGAUUUCAAUCCGUUUUUGACCGCAUCUCUUUUGAUUUGAACUAAACUUUCCAUACAUAUUUGGCCAUGGUAGAAGUGAUCAGAAAAUGACUUUUUGGACCUGAAUGCCAAAACAUUCAGGAGAUAGAGGUGCUCGAAGUUGACCCAAUUUUGCAUGCCAUACCAUGAGACGUCCAUGGUAUUCAUCACUUGAAAAGAUUAACGGUUAAGCUUGAUAUCAUUUUAAAAGCUUGAAAACAGGGUUGUCAAGCUAUAUUUAUUAUUAUUUUUUGGAAAAAAAUUAAUUUCAAUUAUCUAAAAACAUAAACUCAGAUUUAUUUUAAUUUUCGCAUAUGUUGUAGUUUUAUACCGUAAUGUACAUAAUCUGAGGUGUAUGUGUUGUGCCUGCCAUUGGUUGAGACACAGCAUACUCUUGAAUACAUUUUUACAUUUACAUUUUAGUCAUUUAGCAGACGCUCUUAUCCAGAGCGACUUACAGGAGCAAUUAGGGUUAAGUGCCUUGCUCAAGGGCACAUCGACAGAUUUUUCACCUAGUCGGCUCUGGGAUUAGAACCAGCGACCUUUCGGUUACUGGCACAACGCUCUUAACCACUAAGCUACCUGCCGAAUACAGGGUGGGUGUCUUUUUAAUCAUAGAAAUAUAAUUCAUAGAAUGGACCUAUCCCUUCAGACCACUGCAAUUUAGCUGGUACACCAUUUAAAUUAUUUUAAUUGACAUUUUACAUUCCAAUUACUACCACAAAGAUGGCCGCUGGUCCACCCACUGUCGAAUGUCAACUUAAAUGGGAAUGUAUAUUCUAUUAUCUAUAUUUAUAUGGUUUUAAUAGGUUUCCUAUGGAAGACAUUGUAAUUGACAUUGUAAUUUAAAACAACUGAUAUUCUCAUUCAAGUCAAUGUUCUCCAAUCAUCUUCGUGGUACAAUUGGAAAGUUGAAAUGUCAAUGUUAUUCCCAUUUUAGUAAAUGUAUCAGCCAAAACAUUACACCCACUCUGUAUUCAAGUGCAUGCUGUGUCUCAACCGAUGGCAGUCUCAACAUAAACCUGUAAAAUAGGAUCUAAGCUACAACAUAUGUGAAAAUCUGAGGUUUUUUUAUUUACUUUUUUGUUUUCAAGAAAUUACCAAAUAGUUUGACAAUCCUGUUUGUAAGCUUUUAAAUUAUAUCAAAUUGAGCCAUUUAUCUUUUCAAGAGAUAAAGACAUAUAGUGGCUGUCUCAUGGUAUGGUGGGGUAUGCAACAUGGAGGUGCCCAAAAUGUGAUACGUCUCCUGAAUGUUUUGGCAUUCAGGUCCAAAAAAUCACUUUCUGAUCACUUCUACCAUGGGCAGAUAUGGAAAGUUUUGCUCAAAUGAAAAAUGGGGUGGUGAAAGCUAUUGAAAUCGAUUGGAACGACUCUACAGUUUUGUUAGUAGAAACCCCACUAAAUAUACUCCGAUGGCUAGUUUCAAUUGAGCUCCAUUAGAUAUUUGUUAUAAAGUUUAAGAAAAUACCUCAACCAAAGUCUGUGGUAUUUUGGAUGGUUCUCUUAUGCCGGGUGUACACUACUCAACUUUCAAAGUCCUAACAUCGCUCAGCCUCUCACAUUUAACGACUGUCUUUCGUGUUUUUUUGUUUGUCUUCCCAACGUAUUGGUGCUCGUUCUGAACGAUAUGGCACAAACGUAGGGGGGGGGGGGGUCACACACAAGAUUCUUCACUUGGUCGUGAGGAUUCUCAAUACCACACUGUCUCGCAAAAAUGAAACUUGUCUGAUCUCAACUAAAAACAUUGUGUAGUGUACGCCCGGCUUUAGUGUUUAGGAUACUCUCUGUAGGAGAGGAUAGUCCGUAAAGCAACCUCUCUCGUGGUACUUGUUCCCAUUAGUUGGGUUUGAUUUCCUGUUGUCACCCCAUAAAUAUCCUUCUUACUUUCGUUCUUAUUUACCUCCCAUUACCUUUCAACAUAUUUGUUUGAUUUAUUUCAUUAGUGUAGUGUCUUGCAUCAUCAGGAUGCUCAGCCCACAUGGGCUUAUAAAACACUGUAUAUGCCAAUUUUAGUAUUAUUUUACCCAUACCUGCACAUUCCUAACCUCUGCCUGUCGUGGCUGUAUCCCCUCAGACUGCAUGCGGAAGGCGAUGGGGCGGGGACGUAGUGCUGCAGGGCAGACCGACCUCCUCCAGGCCAGGAUGCGCCUCUCCUUACAGGAGAAACUGUGGGAGUUCUACCAGGAGCGAGUGGCCAUCCCUGCUGAGGAGCAGGCCACAGCCCGCCGGGCCGCCCUGGACAUCUGCGCUGAGCUGAGGAUCUUCCUGCACGCCAAGCUGCCCGACAUGCCGCUCCGAGAGAUGUACCUCAGCGGCAGCCUCUACGACGACCUGCAGGUAAUAAGAGGGUGGUAGUAGUAAACUUGAUUAUCUUUUUACUUCGGUGCCCGUCUCUGGGUUUGAAAUGUUAUGGUUUCAUAAGAAUAACAUCAAUGUGCUCUAACGCUCCCUCUCUGACUCUGUUUCUGACUCUCGCUCCCUCGCCCCCCCCCCCCCCCCCCCCCCCCACCCUUUCUCCCACUUUUUCUCAGGUGGUGACAGCAGAUCACGCUCAGCUCAUGGUCCCUCUGACCCUGGAGAAGAACCUGUGGUCGUCAGUCCCUGGCGAGGACACCAUCAUGAACAUGCCGGGUUUCUGGCUGAUUCGCAGGGAAAACCUGGAGUACUUCCCCCGAGGCAGCAGCUACUGGGACCGCUGCAUGGUAGGAGGCUACCUCUCCCCCAAGUCUGUCCUGGAGGUGUUCGAGAAGCUGGUGGCGGGCUCCAUCAACUGGCCGGCCAUUGGCAGCGUUCUGGACUACGUGAUCCGGCCGGUGGUUCCCUCUGAGACUCUCACACUGGAGGUCCAGUACGAGAUGGACCGCCAUCUUUACGUGGACUUCCUGCCUCUGCUGGUGAUGGACGACGGUGCCUCGCUGAUUGCCAAGCCACACAGGCUGGCCGCCGAGCGCCACGAAAACCUGUGGCGGCAGAGCUUCCGCGUGGCGGAGACGGCGCGCCUGCGGGCCCUGGACCAGGAGGACGGUGGCUGCCGCUGCGCCUGCCUCAAGGUGACUAAAGCAGUGUGCAAGCUGAACCCGGCCCUGGCGCGCCUGUCGGCCAGUCAGCUCACCAACGCCAUACUGCUGCUGAGCGGGAAGGAGGGCGACUGGACCCAGGAGGCGCUGGCCGACCGCUUCCUGCAGCUGCUUCGCUCGCUAGUGGGACACCUAGAGGCCGGGAGGCUCCCCUGCGCCCUGGUCCCCAAAGUCAACUUGUUCUGUGAGCUGACGCCAGUGGAGGUGGAUGAGCUAGGAUACACCCUCUACUGUUCCCUCUCUGACCCAGAGGGACUCCUAAGGACUCCUGAGUCUGACUGAGUCUGGUCACGGGUUCUAGGGUUUAGGACGGAUGGUAUAGAAUUCUAACUAAGGCUCCAUAGAGUCCAUACUGCAGAAGAGGAUAUUUAAUUUAUAUGUGCUUCAGACAUGGACCAUGUCCCCUGUGACCACGUCGCUGUGUGAUUGAUUCAACAUCACGUCUCUGGAGUCCCUGUUUCAUCGAUCAAUACGUUUCUCUUGUACUUUUUUUUUGGCGUAAUUAUGUGUGAUAAAGUAGAAAUGCAAAAUCAACAUUUUUGACAUGCAGGCCAUAUCUGCUGAACUCAAAUACAGGAUCAUCCAAAUACCAGUUAAACCUCAGAUGAUGAAACC